AUGUUUGCGUGCGCGUUCCUCCGGGUGUACAGGAGCCACAGCGUUCUCCUCUGGCACAACGGCUUCAUGUGGCCAGUCCCGCUUCAGCUGGGCAUCACGAUCAUGCCUUUCGUCUUGACGCCGACUGCUCUCACCUCGGGCGCGGAAGCAUUGGUGUUCGACGAAGAAACAAACGAGUGUGAGCGGGACUCCGAAAUGCCGGAGGCCAUCGCGGUCGGGUUCAUGGCACUCCUCGCCGCCGCUACCGCCGCGCUGACGUGCCGGCUGCAGGCAGUACGUUUUCAGGCACCGGAGGAGUUCACCGCGGCUGUGUCGACGACCGUCGUGGUCCUUGCCGCCACUCUCGGGCUGCCCGCUCUCCACAAGGGUCUCGAAGCGGAAAGGGAUGAACGUCGGAGGGCGAUGCUCGUGACCUCGUCGCUCACCUCCUUGGCGAUUGUCGCCCCUCCUCUGUGGGAUGCUGUCACGUCCUUCGUUUUAGCUCGCGAUCACGAAGUGGUGGCCAGCGGCGAGUUCGGGUUAAUCAGGACCCAUCAGCCAGGAGAUCUCCAAAAGAUGACUCAGGACAGGAUGAAAGUGAGCACCCUCGCGAGUUCCCCAGAAGGGCGGGACAUGCCGGAGUCCUUGGCGAUGACAUCGUUUUUCAGUGAUUCGCUUGACCGAGAAUGUGUUCGAGACUACUUCUUGCUUCAGGCCGUGACCAUGAGGAUUCUGGACCGGUACAUCAGGGAAGGAGCACCCGUGUCCAUCCCUCUGUCCUCCUGCUGCAGAGACGAAAUGCUGACGUCGAAGGCCUCCUCCGCCUUCAUAUUCGAAACGGCCCGUCAGGAGGUCAUGGCACGAAUGGGAGGGGGUGGGCUCACCUACCGCAUAUCACUGUCAGAUAGCUUCGCUUUCGGCAAAGGCCUUCCUGGGGACAAGGUCGGCGAGAACAGCAGUGGCCCUGGCACACCCUCUUCACUCCCGCCAUCCCCUCCGAACCCCUACCCGCAGCAGCAGCAGCAGCAGAAGCUCCCUCCAGGAGCGUUUCCGCCCAAGGCCCAACCGGCCCGCGGAACGAAGACCGCCGGAAGGACGGCGGUUUCGGGAGGGGAAAUCAAGAGGCACGGGCUUGGGAUUCUCGGCGGCAGAACCUCGGAUUUGUUGGCUAUGUUCGGCCUGCGGCCCGACGGCAAACUCGGAACCGAGACCGAGGAAAACACCCCGCGUGGAAUACUGCACGGGUUAGGGUUCGCCCGUAGCAUCGAAGACGGAAAAAGCGGAGAAGGCCAUGACCCUUUCGAUCAAGACGGGCGGCCGCGACAGGGCGGAGAGGUGGCCCCAGGCUCGCUCGAUGACCUCGACCCGUACAUGGGCCUCCAGGGGGACCUGGACUUCAACUACUCCAAGUCGCUCGCGUCGAUCGCGCAGCUCGAAAACGACACGGGUCUCCAGUCAGGAUCCUCGUCGGAGGGGCAGGACGGCAAGAGCGACGGAGACGAUGAGGACGGUCAGAGCGGCGAAGGAGACGAUGAUCAGGACGGCAAUGCACGCCAGAGCGACGACGACGAUGAGGACGGCGAGGUGAUCGUCGUUGUCAACCCACUCUUCGCCGGCCAGGGAAUCAAACCCGCGCCACGUUAA